UCACACUUUUUGCCCUUUUUCUCCUCCUCAUAAGAUCUCUCUCUCUCUCUCUCUCUCUCUCUCUCUCUCUCGCUACUGUAAGACGUUUAUGUUUGAUCCUCUCGCAUAACUAAAAAAAAGCUCAACCACCUCUCCCUCUCUUCAAUUCGCACUCUUUAGAUUGGAAAACAAUGGGUGCAACAACAUCUAGAAUAGAUGAAGACAAAGCCUUACAGCUAUGUCGAGAAAGAAAAAAAUUCGUGCAACAAGCACUCGAUGGAAGAUGUUUGUUAGCGGCUGCUCACGUUUCAUACGUCCAGUCUCUUAAGAAUACCGGAACUGCCCUCAGGAAAUUCGCAGAGACCGAAGUUCCAGUUGAAUCUUCCUUGUACACCUCCACUACUAGUGCCACUACACCAGAACAAGCUCUCGCUUUAACUGAGAAAUCAGGAUCUCAUUUCUCUUACUCUCACAAUGACACGUAUUCUCCCUCGCCCUCGCCUCCUCCUCCUAGUUCCCGUCCGUUCUUCCAGAUCAAUCAUAUGAAAUUCAGAGGGUUUUCUUCCGAGAAAGUGGAAGAGAAACCGCCUGUUUCUAUUGUCGCUACUGUCACCUCGUCUAGUAUCAUCCCACAGAGCAGAAGGUCUAUGGAAAAGAUGGAAUCAGAAUCUUCUUGUUCCAUGCCACCUGAGACGCCUCCUUGGGAUUAUUUUGGUCUUUCUCAUCCGAUUGACAACCGGUUUUCGUCUCCUCGUGGCAAGGGAAAGGAUGAUGAUGAAGAAGAAGAUGGUGACAACUUUUCUUUUCAAGAAAGGGAAGAGUCCAGAGACUCUGAUGAUGAGUUUGAUGAGGAGCUGACAAGUGAUACACUUGUGAGAAGCUUUGAAAACUUCAACAGAGUGCGUCGUGAUGCUUCUCCUCAAAGAGAUGGAGUGGAAAGCGACUCCGAGAAAAGCAAAACUCCCGAGCUAUCACCUCCAGUGACGCCAUUGGCAGAUUCUACUCCAGUGAACAAAACACCAAACGAGGGAGAUCGCACCGACAACAAGCUUCCUCCAAGGGACUUCUUGUCAAGCAUGAAAGAGAUAGAGUUGCUCUUUGUCAAAGCUUCAGAGACUGGAAAAGAAGUCCCUAGGAUGCUUGAAGCCAACAAAUUGCAUUUCCGUCCCAUUGUUCCAUCAAAAGAAAGUGGCUCUGGUGCAUCAUCACUGUUCAAAACCUGUCUGACUUGUGGGGAAGACCCCAAAGAUGUACCAGAAGAGCCUGCUCAGGACUCAGUGAAAUACUUGACCUGGCAUAGGACUGAAUCAUCUCGAUCCUCAUCUUCUAUGAAUCCUCUGGGAGGAAUGAAUAGUGAUGAUGUGGAAGAGCUGAAUAGCAAUCUCUUUGAAAACAUUUGCAUGAUUGCUGGAAGCCAUGCGUCGACCCUAGACAGACUGUAUGCAUGGGAGCGGAAGCUCUAUGAUGAAGUUAAGGGGAGUCAAACUGUGCGGAGUGAGUAUGACGAAAAAUGCAGAGUUUUAAGAGAACUUGAAUCAGAAGGCAAAGGUUCAAAAACAAUAGACAAGACACGUGCAGUUGUCAAGGACCUUCACUCCAGAAUCAGAGUGGCUAUUCACAGGAUCGACUCAAUAUCCAGACGGAUUGAAGAGCUCCGUGACAAAGAGCUCCAACCUCAACUCGAAGAACUCAUUGAAGGGUUGAGUCGAAUGUGGGAAGUGAUGUUGGAAUGCCACAAGGUUCAGUUUAGGUUAAUCUCAGCGUGUCACAGAAGCGGUAACAUUAAACUCAACAUGCAGUCAGAGCUGCACAGACAAGUAACAUGUCACCUAGAAGAUGAACUCAGGGGGUUGGCUUCAAGCUUCACAAAGUGGAUCACAGGUCAAAGAUCAUAUAUUAAAGCUAUAAACGAAUGGCUGGAGAAAUGUGUCACCUUACCACAAAGAUCCUCCAAGCGGAAAAGGCGCGUGCCAGAAAUCUCUCCGAGGAACCAUGGUCCUCCCAUUUACGCAACAUGUGGAAUCUGGCUAGAGAAGCUCGAAGCUUUGCCUACCAAAGAGGUUUCGAGCUCCAUCAAAGCGCUUGCUUCUGAUGUUGCCAGGUUCUUGCCACGGCAGGAGAAGAAUCGCAACAAGAAACAUCGGUCUGGCGAGAACCAGAACGAUCACCUGUUGCAAGAUGAGACGUUGGAAGAUUGUGGUCCGGGAUUUGAUCGGUUUAGGACAAGCUUGGAAGGAUUUGCUGGCCAGCUCAACCAGUUUGCAGAACUGUCAGUGAAAUUGUAUGAGGAACUUAAGAAGGGUAUCCAAGAAGCCAAGAACAAGUACGAGCAUAUGAAGGCUUAUUCCCAGGGUAACUAAGAUUUAUUUUAUUUUUUUCAUUUUCUGGUAAGAAUGGAGUUUGUGACAGGUCAAGGUUUUAAAGAGACAAAUUGGAUUAAACAUUUGUAAAUGCUAGAGAGGUAUCUAUUAUAAGAAAAUUGCUUCAAGCA